AUGGGUUGCUGUGGCUGUGGUGGUUGUGGUGGCUGCGGUUGUGGCGGCUGUGGUUGUGGCUGUGGUGGCUGUGGUUGUGGUGGCAGCUGCGGUGGCUGUUGUGGCUGCUGUCGUGGCUGCUGCGCCUGCUGCUCCCCGAGAAUCUACUGCUGCCGCCGCACCUGCUGCAACUCCUGCGGCGGCUGCGGCUGCGGCUGUGGCUGUGGCUCGUGUGGUUGCGGUUGUGGCAAGUGCUGCUGCUGCCAGAAAAAGUGCUGCUGCCAGAAGCAGUGCUGCUGCUAG